AUGGUGCUUGCAAAGAAGAUUAAAAAGUCAGUGGAAUGGAUCAACUCCAGGCUUCUACUUGUUAUAAAAAGUGGAAAGUACAUACUGGGGUACAAGCAGACUCUAAAGAUGAUCAGGCAAGGCAAAGCAAAAUUGGCUAUCCACACUGAAAACUGCCCAGCUUUGAGGAAAUCCAAAAUAGAGUACUAUACCAUGUUGACCAAAACUGGUGUCCAUCACUACAGUGACAAUAAUUUUGAAUUGGGCAUAGCAUGUGGGAAAUACUGCAGAGUAUGCAUGCUGUCUAUCAUUGAUCCAGACGAUUCUGAUAUCGUUAGAAGCGUGCCAGAACAGACAGGCCACCACCUUGACCAUUCAGGCUUCUCAGCCAGUCCAGCCUGUGGGCCUUGGAGAGCCCAAACUGAUCAGGGGCUGAAAGGGUCUCCAGCCAUCUCCUACAGGUGCAUUCAGGCUGACAAUAGAUCAGUACCCCCCCUGCGAUGCAGCUUCCAGAGGAAGGGGCAGGCUGCCAUUUUUGAUGUUUCACAGCCGUCAUCAGUGAUACCUUCAGGUACAGGAAAAACAAAGGUGACUAGGGUCUGGAGCAGACCCCCAGAAAACCGCAGCAGCCCUGUGGAAGAGUGGCCAGAUGGUUAA